CUCAAAACUCUGGCAUCUCUACCACCUUACCGAUAAAAGCAAUCGUUCAUCUCUAAGUCAUACUGAAGUAUCGAGCAGACGAGAUGGCUUUCGGAGACUAUCCAGCUGAGUACAACCCCAAGGUGCAUGGACCUUACGAUCCAGCACGCUACUACGGCAAAGCCGAUGUGCCUUUCGGUCAGGUUAAACUGAGCGAGUUGGGUGCCUGGUUUGGUCGCCGCAACAAGACUCCAAACGCCAUUGCUGGUGCUUUCAGCCGUGCCUGGUGGCGCUGGAAUCACAAGUAUGUGUUCCCGAAGCGUGCUGGCAUUGCACCCUUCUUCCAGUUGACCGUGGCCAGCAUGGCAUUCUUCUACGCAAUCAACUACGGCAAGUUGAAACAGCACAGGAACUACAAGUAUCACUAAUCCAUUAGUUUACACUUUAUUACAAGCCAUGUGUUAAGUGGGGAGAGAGAGAGAGAGUUGGAACACAACAUAACUCAAAAAUAUUUCUGUUUCGAUAUUGGCCAAGUCUAAUAAACUGCUGCGAAUAACAGUGUUGCACUUCAAA